CCUUUCACCAUACAACAGUUACUUCGUCGUGAGUGUUUCACGCCCUAAGACGCUUCAGACAUUUUCGGACGCCGUCAGAGAUCAUGAAUCAGCGUUUUAUUUUGCUCUUUCUUUUCUUGCCGCUUUUUCCUAUUUUCGUCGCCUACGUCUUCUCAAACUUCGUAUUUGUCUACGAAGAACCCGAUUUCGACUCGCUGUUGAUGGAGUCAUACAAGAACAUGCAUCCUCGUUGGUGGGCAUUUGGCCAAUCAGAGUCCGAGGAGCCACGGCAGUGGCACCAGCCCGCCACUGUGCAGGAGAUCGUGGCGAUAGUGAGUGAAGCCGCCGAGCGAGGCGAGCGAGUCAAAGUGGUUGGGGCCGGACAUUCAUUCUCGCCCAUCGGUCUAACGACCGGUCGGAUAAUGAAUCUGGACCGAUUGCGACUCGUUCUCGAUGUCGACGAGAUUUCAAUGCAAGUGACCGUACAGGCUGGUAUCCGAUUGAGAGAUCUGAAUCGGCAGCUCGGCACUCGAGGACUCGCACUGGAAAAUAUUGGGUCGAUAGACGCGCAGAGUCUAGGUGGCGCGAUUUCGACUUCGACUCACGGCAGCGGCAUCGGCUUCUCAUCGAUGUCGACAAAAGUCGUGUGGAUGGAGCUCGUGCUUGCAAACGGUUCGUUGCUGAAUGUUUCGAAGGAGACGGAGGAGCUGUUUGCGGCUUCGUUGAACGGACUGGGGUUACUCGGCAUCAUCACUACCGUCCGUCUUCAGUGUGUGAAGGACUACAAUGUUAUUCGACGAGACAUCCUCGUUGGUAUUGAUCAUGUGAUCGACUCGUGGUCCGAGUAUGUGGAGAAGUACGACCAUUUCACGUAUUUCUGGAUCCCGUACACGGAAAGUGCCAAACUGUUUCUCAUGACGAGAACGGAUACGUCGGUGUCGGUCAAUAAAUCCGAUUUGCUAUUUUUUAAAGACUACGGAGGCGUGACGGCUGGGAAAAUGUUGAUGCUCGGAUGGUGGUCGGGAUCUGUGAUACCGUCUGUACUUCCAUGGAUCACACGUUACUAUAUCCAGCCUUUACUCGGUCUCGAUCUCAAUUAUGUUGAUAAUGCACGAGACGGACUGAAGCUGGAGUCACCCGCCAGCUACAGCGAAAUGGAAUACUUCGUUUCGUUAGAGAACUACACGCGUUGCUUUCGAGAUCUAAAACACUUAAUCGAAACGUCAGACGAAUUCAGAGUUAACUUCGUCGUUCAAACACGAUUUUCAGCCGCCGAUUCGGUCUGGCUUAGUCCAAUGUAUAGAGAACCGAAAGCAGCGAUUGCUGUGAUGACGAUAAGACAAGACGAUCGAGCGUAUUUCAACAAGGCUGAGUUGAUAUUCAAACAGUAUGGUGGUCGGACUCAUUGGGGCAAGCGAUUCACCGCUAAUGGUGAUUAUUUCCGAAAGGUCUAUGAGAGAUUUGACGACUUCUUAGCCGUUCGAAAGGAGCUGGAUCCUAGUGGAAUGUUUCUGAACGAAUAUUUUCAGCGGAUAUUUUUAUAGGACACCAGGUUGCUAAUAUUACCAUUGUCUUUACCUUCUCGUUUACAUUAAGUUAAAUGGUAGACUGCUAGGAUCUCCUACAACGUGAUUUUGCUGCGUAGUACAGUG